AAUAGGUUUAGAGGUUUUCUUUCAUAUUUUACAGAAAUUAACUGAAAACGAAAGUUUGAUAACAGGAAGUAAUAUAACUGUGAAAUGAAUCAUAAAGAAGAGAAAUACAGAAACUGGGUGAGAGGUGGACUGGCGUAUUUGUAUUUAAAAGCUGGUAUAAAAGGGUUCGCUGAUGAUGUGGUUCAGCAACAACACAAACAUAUUCUGCAUACUGUCAACAACACACCUGGACUCAGCUGCAACCAAUGCUGUGUUAGAGACCUGCAACCAUUACAUAAGUGUGAGAAGGAUCCUGAUUCCGGCAGAAACAGGUGUCCACGGCGUCAGAACAUCUGUAAUUGUCUCUCAACAAAAACAAAGCCAUGUCCUAGUAGAAUAUGUGACGCUAUUAUGGAAGAAAUUUUAAACAAUCAUGGAUCAACACCGCCUAGACCAAACUGGAGAAAUACAGAUGCACAGAAAUGGUGCUCAAAUCCAUGGGAGAUUGCCAAAUGUUUCAUUGAUUUGCCGGGUUAUUCUUUCCAGUCUAAGGCAGACGAUUUUGAUGCCUCUGCGUUACUUCAAAUGUUUAUCAACAAUGUCAGUCUCACAAGGCAUUUUUCGGACAAACUAAAUCGGAGCGAUACACUUAAAAAGACCCUACAAAGAAGAAAUGAAUUAUUCCAUUCAUCGGCUAUGGAAAUGGAAGACUCUCAGUUAGCUGAAUGUAUUGAUGAAAUCAUAGCAAUUCUUGAGGAUGAAAAAGAAUUGAAAGCAAGGCAUGAUACUCAAGAAGCAGUCCGCUCACUUAAACAGUUGAAGCAAGAGAGCUUUAUCAUUACUACGCCCCAGGAGUCUGAUGUAUUGAUAAGUGCUGUAACCCACGUUACUAACAGAUUUAAGGAACUGACACAACCUUUAGAAGUUUUACCGACGGGAAUAGCUACUGAAGCAUUAACUCCAACACUUGAACAGAUAAGAAUACAUUUUGCAACAGAACUUUCAGCACUUGGACCGAUUGGAAGAACUGCUGAAACAAUAGCUUCAACACUUGAACCGAUUGGAAGAACUACUGAAACAAUAGCUUCAACACAUGAACGGAUGGGAAGAGCUACUGAAACAACAGCUUCAACACGUGAAUUGAUGGGAAGAGCUACUGAAACAACAGUUUUAACACGUGAAUUGAUGGGAAGAGCUACUGAAACAACAGUUUUAACACGUGAAUUGAUGGGAAGAGCUACGGCAACAAAAGAUUCAACACGUGAAUUGAUGGGAAGAGCUACUGAAACAACAGAUUCAACACGUGAAUUGAUGGGUAGAGCUACUGAAACAACAGUUUUAACACGUGAAUUGAUGGGAAGAGCUACUGAAACAACAGAUUCAACACGUGGAUUGAUGGAAAGAGUAACUGAAAGAAUAGAGUCCACACUUGAAUUGAUGGGAACAACAGCUUCAACACGUGAAUUGAUGAUAAUAUUUUUAAAAUUGGUAACAAAAAUGCGACAUGGGAUGCAUAUGAUACCGUACUGUGAUGAAUGGGUUCUGGACAUUAUUCGUCAAUCUUACAAGAGCCAGAUAUACCAAAUUAUAGAUGCUCAAGAUGGUCUCUGGAUGUCCUUCAUUUCUGGGGAUAUUGAAACGGAUUUAUUGGCCAAAGAAAUAUUGCCGAGCAACCAUCUAUUGCAGUCGGCUUGUACAAAAUUAGGACGACAUUCAAACAUUGUCUCCAAAAUAUGUAGUAAAAUCUCAGCUUUUAUCAAAAUGUCAACAAAAGAUAUUGUCGAUACAUGGGCAGCAUAUGAAUACUCGGAAUAUGAAAAAAAUGGUGAAGCGAAGGUGAUUUUUGUUGUAUGUACAACACAGAUACGGGCACGGAUAGAUGUCAGAGACUAUAUAAUACAUCAACGGAAAAUCAACACGUAUAGUUCGGAAAGUCAGGAGGUACUGGCUGAAUCUAUAAAGACUCUGGACAAAGACUACCAGCCUAAUGAAAUAAGUGAGCUAAGAAAAUGCAUAGCGACCCAUUCAGACUCUUUGAUAGAUUCACACAGUAAUCUUAAUAUAAUAUCACCCAGUUUGAAGAGGUCAAGAGGUUACGGUACUGCCUCUCGCGUUAUUUCCGACGAGUUAUGUAUCGUGCUCUACGUCGAUGUGAAAGGUUUUAUACCAAUACAAGAAGAAGCCUUUCCAAAGCAACUCGAUGGAAUUCCAACAGAUGUAUGGGAAGGUGGUUUUGAAACUUUUACUGGUGGACCAAAUGAUACUCACGAGCAUAUGAAAAUGGGUUUAGCAAUUCAUGCGUAUAAUACUAACAGUCUUGGGAAGCUUGUUGGAGGAACACUUGGUGGUUUCGUUGAGCAUCCGUUGCAUGGCUUGUGUGGCAUCAGUUGCUCGCAUGUGCUAUUGUCUGGUGAGGAAAUGCGCAAAGUUCAAAACGGAGGACAGUUAGAAAUACAAAAAAGCGUUUAUCACCCUGUUUGUUAUACUUCAUCGACACAGUUUGGAAAAGUGGUAUCCGCUGUGUUUAAAGAAGAGAGUUCAACUACAGGCGUUGACGUUGCAAUGUUCAAAAUAGAGGCAAAAUUUCCACUAAAAGGGGACUUUCCGGAUGCUUUCAACUAUUUGGAGUCAGGAUUCGAUGAGAGAAAUCCAUUACUAUUCAAUUCAGGAGAUGUACUUGAUGUAUCUGCCAAGCUGGAGGGUAGACCAGAGGUAUAUAAAUUUGGAAUUGCUACUGGAAUUACGAGAGGCAGUUUCGGCUUACAAGGAUCUGUCAUAAGGCGAAAACAAGUGCUUGAAGGUCAGUGGGAAGGAUUUGGAUACCGGCUGAAAAAUUUAAUUGAAAUUCUGGCUAUAGGAGGAAAACCUUUCGCUCAGAUUGGCGAUUCUGGUGCUUUAGUAAUGAAAGAAGGGACAGGAGGUGAUUCUGUAGCUAUUGGAAUGGUCCAGGCCGGAUUGCAUGAUGGUAGUAGAGUGUUUGUCUCGCCAAUCUGUGAUAUUCUAAAGAGCUUAGGAUGCCCUUUAUCUAUGAAAAAGUUCAACUCAGAUUCGACGAACUCGCCCAAUAUGUCUCAGCGCAGCACUAGUCCUAUGCAAACAGAUGUUUAGAAUUAACCAUUUCUGUGCACAUGAAUGUUAAAAGUUCCCGAUAAACAAUACUGUAACAUGAUAUAUCUACAAAUUGCAAGACAAUUUACUGAGAGAUUAAAUGACAUCGACAUGAAUUACCCAUAUUCAGGUAGUUCUGCAUUUUUUUCUACAAUGUAGAAUUCGAUUAAACUCUGAUUUUUCGAAACUUCAGAAUAUACCUAGAAAAUUCAGCAAAUAAUAAUGAUAGUGUCGUGUGCUUCAUUUUUUGCUAGACUUAUUUGAAAAAAUGGACCUCACGCAAUAUUUUAUAAUGGGAGUCUAUGGGAAAAUCAUAACUUUCAUAACAUUUUUGCAAACAUAAUUUUUUUUUACAAUGUAGAUUUUGAUGAAACUUUUCACAGUUGUAAAUAAACACAUGGCCUAUAAUUGGCUAAAAUAAAAUGUACAGGUCCGUGUGCUUAUUAUGGAGAUAUUUAGCCAUGAUUAUAAUAAAAUGUAUAGGUCCGUGUGAUUAUUAUGGAGAUAUUUAGCCAUGAUUAAAGUGAACCGGACAUUUCACGCCGAUUUUAAGACUGUCACAUUUUUUUGAAUUGUUAAACGUGAUCAUAUUUUGACUGUAGAAAUAUAGCAACAGUGCAAUUGUAAUAAAUUUACUCACAGGUUUUGAUUAAUUCAUAAAAUAAUUUUUAUUUCCGUACGUCUGGACAAAUACAUUUUACUUAAGGUAGUUCUGCACGUUCGGAUCAUUUUUUUUCUACAAUGUAGAAAAUGAUUAAAUCCCGAUUUUUUCAAAACUUCAGAAUGCACUUCGACAAAAAAAAAAAAAAAAAAAAAAUAGGGUCGUGUGUUCGAUGUUUUGCUAGACUGAUUUGAAAAACAAUUACCUCACACAGUUUUAUAAGGGAGUCUAUGGGAAAAUCACAUUUUUCAUAAUAUUUUCGCGAAUAGAUUUUUUCUUUUUUCUACGAUGUAGAUUUUAAUGAAACUUCUCACAAUCUUAAAUGAAGCGCUAUAAUAUGGUGAAAAAAAAUGUAACGGUCCGUGUGCUUCUGUUUUACAUACUUGCCAACGAUUAGAGAUCCGCGAAUUUCAAGCUAAUUUUGAGACAUUUUUCCGAAUUAUUUAACGUUUCAGAUGAUUUAAUAUAUCAUUUUAAUUUUAAAAAAGAUAGUAACGUUGCCGAUGUAAUAAAUUCAUCCACCCGUUGCUAUAAAUUCAUAUUUGCCACGCCAUGAGAAAACCAGCAUAGUGCGUCUGCGACCAGAAUGAAUCAAGACAAGCCUGCGCAUCUGCGCAGUCUGAUCAGGAUUCAUACUGUUCGCUUUAAAAGCCUAUUGCAAUCAGAUAAACCGUUAGCUAACAGCAUGGAUCCUGACCAGACCUCGCGGAUGCGCAAGCUUGUCUGGGUCCGUACUGGUCGCAAACGCACUAUGUUGGUUUUCCCAUGGCGCGGCUCAUAUAAUGAUUCAUGUUCACUUCCGUACGCCGAAUCCAAGCUUUUUCUACGUCUGGAUAACUGACGUUACGCUAUUACUUUCUGUUUAUCAAACGUGCAGAACUACCUUAAGAAAUCAUACAUCCAAAAAGUUAAAUCAUUGUAAGGGGAACAGAUCAGAUAACAAAAAUUUAAAUCAGGAGGGUACUUCUGAAUGACAAACAAUUGUUUUAUUCAGGGUGAAACAAUCGCUGUUAGAGAUAUAUCGUUUUACUUCUAAAACAAUUUCAUGGAUCAUUAUCUACAUCCUUAUCAUUCACCAAGUAUUCACCUAUUUUGUUUUGUUUGCUUUUGCAGCGCGCCGCUAUAAUGUUUGACGCUAUGACGUUAUAACAGUGACGUACAAACAUUAAUUUUGUUAUAUAACCUCCACGAAGGAGGAGGGAUAUAGCUUUGGCGUUGUCCUCCGUUCUUCCGUCCCAAACCAUAUCUAUGACUUUGUGCGGAUUAUCUAAAUAAAACAUUUCAGGAAAGUUAACUGCUAUUGGGAAAUGCCACCCUUCAAGUUUCGGUCAGAUUGCAUGAGUAAGACAAGAUAUACGGAGUUAUAUCUCAGACAUGGUUGGAAUUGAUUAAAUAAAACAUGGUAGAAAUGUUUACUGCUAUAGGGCAAUAGGGCCUUGCAAGGUCGGUUGAGGAAUACAAGAUUUGUCACCCUUUGCAAUAAUAUAUUUUAUAUAGUACAUAUUAUAGUGUUUUUAUUCGAUUUUUGUCCGUCCGGUGUCAUAUUUCAGAAUUGGUUUGAAGGAUUUCAAUUAAACAUUGUAGAAAUAUUAACUGCUAUAUAAAAAUGCGACCCUGCAAGUCAAAGUUUGAUUGCUUGAGAAAGACAAGAUUUAAGGUUCUUUGUACUUACAUCAAAUGUAUGUGACACCCUUUUAAUGAUAGACAGGUUCAAAGGCGCUUACAUUUUGCUUGAAAAAAAAUCGUAAACUCCAUUUUCUGUCCGUCUAGAGUCAUACCUCAGACAUGUUUUAAUAUAUUUCAAUAACACAUGGUAGAAAUGUUUAAUGCUCCAGGGAAGGUCGAUAUUGCAAGUUUCAGACAGAUUGCUUGAAAAAAAAAAGAACAGCGAGAUUUAUUGUCGUUUAUAUUUAUCUAAUGCUUACUAUAAAGGUCAUUUGUCUGCAAAUUUAAUGUAAUUUUAAGCUUCAUUUUAGCUAUGGGAUAUUGUGACAAUAGCUUUCUUAGAACCUGAUGCGUAUUUUUUUUUUGUCACUGGGGUCAAGGUCAUAGUCACUGUUACUGAAAAGAGCUGAUUAUAUUUCAAUAUCUUUAGUAAGGAAGGGGGUAUGGCAUCCAGACUUGGAAUUUAGGAAACUUGCACAGAGGCCGUGGUUUUAGAUAUAUAUUGGCUUACUUAGGGCAAGGUCAAAUUCGUCGUUACUAAAAACAGAAAAGUGGUUUUCUCAUGUGUUGCAAAAUUAUUUUUUCACUGAUUGUGAAGACAAUUGUUCGCUUGAUAUGUGUAUUAAAGAAAGUAUGAUUUAAGUCAUAGUAAAUGAGACACAAUGCAGUGGCAUAAGAUUUUGAAGUCCUAUCAUUUAAUGUUCUCGUCUUAAAAACAUAAAAGUGAUGAUAGCUUAGUUGCAAUAUUAAUAUUUAUGGGAACUUUAUAUCACAAACGUACACAUGUUUUUACACACUAUGUAUUCCGUUCAUAAAAUUUAUUUGUUCGAAAGAUAUUUUAUAUCAUUACAUUUUACAUAUUGUAUUCAUGGAAAUGCUUUCCUAUACUAUCCAAAUCAUCAUUGGUGUGAAUGUAUCGUUUGUACUUUGUUCCGUAUAAAGGUAACUGUUCUAGAUAGGAGAAUAAGAGCCGCAUUACCGCCGUAACCGGAUAUCCUCGUCUGCAUUACAACUAGUGACAGACCAUUUUAUGGUUACAUGCAAUACCGUAUUUUAUGAAUUGCUGUUUAUAUAAGGCAAAACUAAAAGAUUUUAGGAUAAUAUGAUAAAAAUACUAUUAAAAACAACGGUUACUAAAUUUGGUUAUAAAAUAACUUAUGAUAAUUGAAAAUUUGAAUUUGUAGAUUUAUUACCUCGUCUGGUAUUGUCAUAGAUUGCAUUUUAUUGUAUCUGUAAAUUUCUGCAUGUCAGGCCUCAUUUUGCCAUUUAUUAAGCAUUUAUGUCUUAGCGUUAUGUAAUUUUUUUUACAAUCAACAAAUAAAAUAGGUGUCAUUGUCGACCUAUUUUUGUUGUCAGUGAAGUAUGAAUGCGCAUAUAGCUGUUUAUUCAUGUACAAACGGGGGUUUUCUAGGAAAACGUACAUGUUUAGGGUAAGGGGUAAAUCCUGCAAUGAUUCUUUAUUCCCGAAAGCUGACUUCUUCCGAGAAUUUUUAAAAGUCGAAAAACUGCACAAGGCAAUAUGCCAUUAAUUUUAUACACAAGUUGAUGAUAAUCAUGUUCAUCCUGUAAUGUUCUCGUCUCCUAAACGCGAGGCGUCAGUUUUGUCAUGAUUUUUUUGUAAAACUGUUGUACUAAGAUCUUUGUGUUGUGAUGGACGUUUCUGAACACUACAAUACUGGAAUAAAAACAUUAUUUCACAAACAUAGGUGCUUUCUUGUAUUCGUAUAUGCAGACAUAUUGGAACGUAUCUGCUAGUUUGACUGUGUCAUAAAACAUUAGUCUGUGAAAGCAUAACAUAUCAGUCUUACAUGUGCAAAUACUGUUUAUUCCAUGUAUAAGAAAUAUACUUACUAUUCCAAUAUUAGUCAUCGAUUAUAAAUUUGAAAGACAGUGGUGUUGAAACUUAAUAAAGAAAAUUCCAAUUUAGACUACAGGUUUCCUGCCAUCCAGAUAAAUAUAUAUAUGUUUUAUAAAUUGACAACCGUUUUGUUUAUGUAAGUAAGUAAGUAAGUAAGUAAGUAAAUUGUUUAUUAACGUGACAUGUGUUAUAUACAGUACAUACAUAUUACAAUAAAUGAUCAACAUCCGGCCCAAUGGACCUAUAUGUCACCUGGUAACUUGUUACACAUUUAUAACAUGAUCUUAAAAUGGGAAGAAUAUGAAAUAAAAUAUCAUAUUAACUCGCAGCAAAUAUGUGGAUAUUUUGAUGAUUAAACAGUUUUGAAUUUAUUAUAUGUUAAACUUUAUGUUUACGAUCAUAGUAUGUCACCCACUUGUAAAAUAUCUAAAUAAUUUAAAAUGAAUAGCAUAUUGACAUACUUCCUAAAAUUACCUAUUCAACCGUACUCUAUAUUUGUUUGUCAUCAUGGAAGUAUACAAAAUACAAAAUAUUUAAAAUUUGUGUUUGUUCUGUUUGUUCUCAAAACUAUACUUCUUGAUUUUUAUUUCGGCGUGAUGUAAAUAUUUUACUUUGCAUAUUUGCAGUAUUCCUCCUUCUCUCAGAUUUUGGAAUAUUUGUAUCUGAAAGUUAAUGUCUUUUAUACUCUCGAAUGAUAGGUUGUGUUUGAUAUAUGCAAGUUAGUCGUGCCAUCAUUUUACUUACGUAUGCUUAAUUAAAAGCUAAUAAUAUCAAGUAUUAAAGAGUAAUCAUAUACUAGUAACAAUAAUGAUAAUGAUAAUGGUAACAAUAAUAAUAAUAACAACAACAAUAAUAAUAAUAAUAAUAAUAAUAAUAAUGUCUGUUUUAAUAUGAUUUACUUUUGCAUAUCUAUAUUUUUUUCUGAAAUUGUUUAAAAAAUACAAGAUCACAAUGAUUUGUUCCAGCUACGAUAAACUACUUCAGUCUAUUCAUAUAAAAUUAAAAGUGCUUACUAUAUAUACUAGUGAACACGGUGUUUCUCUUUAUUUCCAUUUUUAUGUGACAAUACUAUUUUAAAGCCAAAAUCUAGGAGCUACAUUAUGAAAAAGCUCCCCUCCCCCACCCCCACACACAUACACUCACACACACAUAUAAAUCCCCACCACUUCAUAUACAUGCCUGGCUUCAUUCACAAAUAAAACAUGAAUAUUCGAAAAUCUCUUUAAACUUUUUUUAUUUACGAUACUCCAAAUUAAUAGUAAAAUAUGUGUGCAGAUACAUUGGAAGUAUAAAUGCAACCAAGCAAAACAAUAACCUACUAGGUUGAUUAGAGGUUUGAUUGAGUCUGUUUAUAAGAAAUAAACUGUAAUGUGCGACAUCAUUCACGCUAGCACCUGUUAGCGGAAUUCUUUUAUAAUAUUAAAUUUCUCAAUGAUCGCAAAGGAACAGAAAAUAAACAAGACUUAGCACAAAUUCGCUAGCAUG